UUGCGCUUGGGCUGCUGUUCCCGUGAGAGUGCGCGCGUAUGCGGCAAUCGUGUAUUUUGUACAGAAUAUUAUCUUAUAUGCUAACUUCUUAAACGCAGACUGAAUUCUAGGAAUCAGGAAGGCUGCAUUUCUGCAAAAAUCAGAAGAAUAACCAGCACACGAAACCAGCCAGAACAGCUCAGAAACCACCACUUUCCCAGGACUUAUUUUAGGGUUCAACACCGAAAUCUCGCGAUAUCAGCGAAUCUUCCAUUUUGCCACGUUCCAGUGCUGGAAAACAAGACGCGAGGGGCGGGUCUAUGUCACUACCAUCCACACGAUUGAAUAAGGCGUCCGCCCCCUUGCAGCUAUUGGCUCGAUAUGACCUUCUCUCCGUUUACUUUAAUAGACGGAGCCUUCUGAUUGUACGAGUUCACUGACACUCAUCAUCUGACGUGAGUUGCACUGAGCUUUGCAUUUUAAGGGAAUCGGGAUUUGGGUUUUUAGGUAUUCGUCACUGUUAGAAUUUAGAGUCUGGCUUUAGUAAUAGAAUUUUAAUAUUUUCCACCAUCAACAUCAGAAUGGCCACGAAGAAAACCACAAGGGCACCUACAAAAAAAGUCUGGCUUCCUUUUGCCUUUCCCAGAUUGAAGAGGUGAGGCAACCAUCAGCCAAUAAGAAUGGGAAGAAAGCAGAAGGGGGUUCUGGGAGCACCUUCUUCACCUGGUUCAUGGUGCUGGCCCUCCUGGGAGUCUGGACCUCCGUGGCAGUGGUCUGGUUUGAGCUGGUGGACUACGAUGACGUGCUUGCCCGAGCAAAGGAGUUCCGCUAUAACAUUUCAGAGGUGUUGCAAGGGAAACUCGGAGCCUACGACGCAGACGGGGAUGGCGAUUUCGACGUGGAGGAUGCCAGGGUUCUUCUUGGGCUGACGGAGAAACCUGCGGCAAUGGCGAGCAGAGCUUCAGAAGACGCUCAGGAACCUCCAGAACCAGUUUCUGCACCCUCAGUGGAAAGUGAACCUGAACUGGAGGCAUUCUCAGCCCAGCACAGUGCUCAGGAAGCCAGCAGAACGCCUCCGGCGGAGCCCUUUGGGGAAAAGGCUAUAGAUGAGGAAGAGUUUGUAGCUGAGGAAGAGGAGGAGGAGAUAGCUGAAGAGGAGGAGCCGGAGGUGGUCGAAGAGGAACCAGAGCUGCAAUUGGAGGAGGAGGAAGAGCUGGAGGAGGAAGAGGAGGAGGAAGAGGCUGCCCCAUUUGAGGAAGAGGAGGAGGAGGAAGAGGCUGCUCCUUUGGAGGAAAAGGAGGUGGUGACUCCUCCUCCUGUCGAAGAGGCUUUGAAAGCUGAGGUGGAAACUGGAGUGACAUCUGAGGAGGAAGCGGAGGUCAUCGAGGCUGGGAAUGACUAUCUGUUUGAAGAACACCUUCCAAGAGACGAAGAAACAGACAUCCAAGAUGCUGUUGAGGACUCUGAGGAUGUCAAUGACGUCCAUGGAUCUCAGAACAUGGAUGUGGAAUCUGAAAUCCAAGCAGCAGUACCCCUUCCAGAGGUUGAGGAGGACAUACCUGACUCAGAGGACCACAUAGAAGAUACAAUCGACACAAGGGGGGAACUCGUUGAGGAUUUGCACCCUGAGGAGACAGUGGCACAUUCGGUGGAUAGUGACGUGUCAUUGGAUGGCAGUCAGACAGAUGAAGCAGAUGAGCCUGCUACAGAGGUACCACAAGAAGAACUAACAGAGGUGGAAGCCAGUCCAUUGGAAGACCAGCCUCAGACUGAGUCCUCAGACGAGCCAGUCCUUACGGAGGAUCCACAUCAAGAAGGGCCCACAGAGACUGCUGAGGCCCAGCAGGAAGAGAAACCCAAAUUCCAAGCUAAGAAGAAGAAGCCCAAGCUGCUGAAUAAAUUCGACAAAACCAUCAAAGCAGAGAUCGACGCCGCUGAGAGUCUACGGAAAAAGGGAAGAGUUGAAGAGGCUGUCCGAGCUUUUGAAGCUCUCGUUCAGAGAUAUCCUCAGAGUCCCAGAUCACGCUACGGAAAAGCCCAGUCCGAGGAUGAUCUGGCAGAGAAGAUGAGGAGUAAUGAGAUGCUCCAGGGGGCCAUCAGCACCUACGGUGAAGUAGCUGAUCUGCCGGACGUCCCGGCUGACCUGGUCAGGGCGACGCUGAAAAGGAGGGCGGAGAGGCAGCAGUUCCUGGGCCGCAUGCGAGGCGCCCUGCUGACCCUGGAGAAGCUGGUGCAGAUAUUCUCAGAGGACAUCUCCCUGAAGAACGACCUGGGCGUGGGAUACCUGCUAAUGGGGGACAACAAGAGUGCCAAGAAGGUCUACGAGCAGGUUUUGGCCACGGCUCCCGAAGAUGGUUUUGCCAAAGUGCAUUACGGCUUCAUCCUGAAGUCUGAGAACAAGAUCGCGGAGAGCAUCCCCUUCCUGAGGGAGGGUCUGGAGUCCGGGGCCCCUGGUACCGACGAUGGCCGUUUCUACUUCCACCUGGGCGAUGCCCUGCAGCGCGUCGGGGACGACAGCGCAUACAAGUGGUACGAAUUGGGUCACCAACGGGGCCACUUCGCCUCCGUGUGGCAGCGGUCGCUCUACAACGUGAACGGCCUGCGGGCACAGCCCUGGUGGACCGCCAGGGAGACGGGCUACACCGAACUGGUCAAGACCCUGGAGCGGAACUGGAAGAUGAUCAGGGACGAGGCGCUCUCCGUGAUGGAUGCCGCUAGUGGGCUCUUCCUUCCCGAAGACGAGAACCUCCGGGAGACGGGCGUGUGGGGACAGUUCACUUUGUGGCAGCAGGGUAGGAAGGUGGAGAAGUCGUGCAACAGUUCCCCCAAGACCUGUGCCUUGAUGGAGCGCUUCCCAGAGUCCACGGGCUGCAAACGGGGCCAGAUCAAGUUCUCCGUGAUGCAGCCAGGAACUCAUGUCUGGCCCCACACGGGGCCCACCAACUGCCGGCUGCGGAUGCACCUGGGGCUGGUCAUCCCUGCCCGCGGCUGCCGGAUCAGGUGCACCAACGAGACCAGGAACUGGGAGGAGGGCAGGAUCCUCAUCUUUGACGACUCCUUCGAGCAUGAAGUGUGGCAGGAUGCGGACAGCUACCGACUGAUCUUCAUCGUAGACGUGUGGCACCCAGAGCUGACCCAGUAUCAAAGGCAGACGCUUUCACCGAUAUAACAGGGCGGGACGCCAGGACUUCGGGCCGACCACUGACUGCAGACCACUGGCUAUUGUUUUGCAUAUUUAGAUAGGAAUAUCUCUUUACCCCAGCAGAGAAAAUCAAAGGUACCACUGUCUUACAACCUUCCUCUGAUGGAAGCCCGAGGCACAGGAGAAAACUGGCAGGCCACGUUGACAAUUGGAUGCUUCGCUGAUUUCUUAUUAUUUUUUUAAUUUUUUUGUUUUGUUACUUUAGAAGCAGGUCAAUAUGUCUGAAAAGGAAAUGAGCACAAUGGAAGCAUCCUGCUGAAAUACAAGCUGGCCGGAGAGUUUAUAGGGGCAGCAUCGGCGCUCAGCACGGCAGGAUUCCGUCAUGAUUUUGUUCUGACUCUUAGCUGGGAAUCCUGUCCAAUCUGUAGCCCUGGAAAUGGCCACUUGGAGAGUCUGCAAGGUGACUUUUUGCGGAUGCCUCCCUCCCGCCACCAAACCUCCUGCCGACUGCAGAUACAGCUCAUCAGAACGCGCUGCGAGCGAUCCAAAGCUCCAGAGAGAUCCCAAUGUCUGCACGUGUUUUUUUGUUCCCCUGUGGUUUCUUUCACUCUGGUUGACAUGCACCCGACUUCAAUCUUUAGGCGUCGUUCAUUCGCCAACCCGUUUUUGCCUGAACAAAGACACGUCGCGGUCACUUUAUAGAAAUCUGUGUUUUGAGUAAACAAGAUUCAUUCCCAGCAGAAAGUGAUUAAUAAUGCCGUUAAGACCGUGAUAGUUCAUGGUGCCGCUUGUUUUAAAGGCUUCUUGCUAGGUUUGUUCUAAUGGGGAAGAAGGUCCUCAGCUUAGCAUUAGCAUUUAGCAGGGUAAGUCCUUCUUCACAUAACACUUCAUUGUAUUAUAUACUGCUGUAUUGUCUUGUCAAACAACACUACUUAAAAUUUUGUGGAUGUCAGAUAAUGUUGUAUUUUAUUUAUCACAUGACAGCUCCUCAAAUAAUCCAUCGCAGCCCCUCGUGACACAUUCCUCUCCUGCCAUCUGCUCAUUACCGAAACAGGUAUAGCACAUUAACCAAACGUAUAGCACAUUAACCAAAACCGGUUACCAUUUUUAGUCCAUUGUCACAAAAACCCAGGAAACAGAUGGUGGAAUAGCUGCCAAACCGUUAAUGUGAAAAAUGCCAAAAAUGAUUGUGUAUAAAAAUAAAGGAUGCUUUUUUUUUAACUCUGAA